AUGGAAAGUUUGCUUCAAAUAAAAAAUAUAUCUCCUAUUGAUGGUAGAUAUAAAAAAUAUUGCAAAGAAAUAUCCUCUUUUUUUUCUGAAUAUGCUUUAAUAAAGUAUAGAAUACUUGUAGAAUUAAAAUGGUUACUAUUUUUGAAUGAAAAAGAAUUUUUUUUUAAGAAAUUAAGCGAAAGUGCAUUAAAAUCAUUGAAUGAAAUAAGUAAUGUAACGGAUGAUGAUAUUUUAAAGGUAAAACAAAUUGAAGAAGAAACAAAUCACGAUGUGAAAGCAGUAGAAUAUUUUAUAAAAGAGAAAAUGAAAUCUUCACAAAAUCAGGAAUUAUUAAAUAUAAAAGAGUAUGUUCAUUAUUUAUGUACUAGUGAAGAUAUAAAUAAUAUAGCAUAUGCUAUGUGUAUAAAAUUAUGUAUAAACAAUAUAAUUAUCCCAAAUAUAAAAAAAAUAAUGGAUAAAUUAGUUCAAUUAGCAAGGGACUAUGCUGAUAUUUCUUUAUUAUCAAAAACACAUGGGCAACCAGCCUCAUCAACAACAUUUGGUAAAGAAAUGGCCAAUUUUUUUUCAAGAAUUUAUAAUCAUUUAAAUGUAUUGGAAAAAAUUAAAAUUAUGGGAAAAUUUAAUGGGGCUGUUGGAAAUUUCAAUGCUCACAAAAUUGUAGAUAAAAAUAUUGAUUGGAUAAAUAGUAUUCAAUAUUUUAUAGAAAAUUAUUUUAAUUUAAAUUUUUGUUUAUACUGUACUCAAAUACAAGAUCAUGAUUAUAUUUGCGAAUUGUGUGAUACCUUAGCACGUAUUAAUUCAACAAUGAUUGAUUUAUGUGUUGACAUAUGGUUAUACAUUUCUAAUAAUUUAUUAAAACUAAAAAUUGUAAAAAAAGAAAUAGGAAGCAGUACAAUGCCUCAUAAAGUGAACCCGAUUGAUUUUGAAAAUGCAGAAGGAAAUUUACACAUAGCAAAUUCUUUUUUCAAAUUAUUUAGUUCCAAGUUACCAAUUAGUAGAUUGCAAAGAGAUCUAUCUGAUUCAACCAUUUUACGAAAUAUAGGUUCGUCUUUUUCUUAUACUCUUAUUGCAUAUAAAUCCUUACUAAAGGGAUUAUCAAAAAUUGAUAUAGAAAAAAAUACUCUAGACGAAGAGUUAAAUGAAAACUGGUCAACAUUAUCAGAACCUAUUCAAAUUAUAAUGAAAAAGUAUAAUUUUCCUGAUGCUUAUGAAGAAUUAAAAAAUUUUACUAGAGGAAAAAAUAUAAACAAAGAAACUCUGCAUGAAUUCAUAAAAACUAAAUGCAACUUUUUACCGAAAAAUGUUAUUGAUGAAUUAAUGAAUUUAACUCCUCAUAAAUAUAUUGGAUAUGCCAAUUAUCUUGCUCAAAAUGUUGAAGAACUUACAAAAAGAAUGCAAAAUACGAAAAUGUAA